AUGGAUUCGACCGCAUUACAACAUUUGACAAGUGUUUUUGUCUUAUCGCGCGAUCUUUGUGAAUUUCUAUCGACGUACGAGCCUUCCGAAAUCGAAUCGAUUGGACUCUUAUAUGCGAUGUGUGACGAGAUCCUUCACUUGGUUUGUAAGACAUGGCGAGGGAUUCAAGUUGAAAUAGUCGAAGGGAGACCAUUUGGGAACGAAGAGUUGUAUCAGCAAUGUGGCCUUUUAAGUACCUCAACGGAGUCUGAUUUGGCAGACCAACUUGCGGAUGCGAGAGAUGAAAUUUUAUUACGAAAAGAGUGGCUCAGAGAGUUAAUUAGAAACGAAGAAGAAGAGGACUCCAGAAGAGGAAUGAGACUUGGGCUUGAGGAAAUCACAUUUUUGAUGAACGACAAACUCGACGAGUUCUAUGGGUUAGUCAAUAACCCACCUACAAGUGAUUUUGAAGAUUACGACGUCGAGAAAAUCAUGAGUUACAUUGUCGAGUUGUGCGUCAGAGGACCUUCAGAAGACGAAAAGAGUGAAGCUGAAAAGAUUGAGUUUCAGGUGCAAUACGGUGAUGCGCCACUCCUCAAAAUUGAGGAAUUUGAGAAGAUCAACACCCCAAAGACUUCAGAGGCAAAACAAAGUACAGAAAAUCGUCCACACACACCAAAGAAGUCAUACGAACAAAUAGAAAUCAAAGGGAAGAUGGUCAGACCAUCUUUAAAGAACAUGAAGAGUGACUUGGUCUGGAAAGCACUUGACAAAACACCUUUGGUGAAGACAAGAAGUGAUUUGGGGAGUAUCGGUGUACCAAAGAAGACUGUUAUAGCCUUUAUACCUCCAGUCGAAGGAUCACAACUUCAAGCGACACAAUUAGUUGAGUCAAAUGGUAUUGUAGAAGCACAAGAAGAUGAAGUGAAAGGGACAUGUGAUGUCAAAGAAAUGGCACGGGGUGACACUCCACCCUUGCAAAGCAAAUGUAGUGUGUUAUAUGAAGAACAACCGCCGGUGUACUCUGCGAAGCGAAGUGUACUCUCUCGCAAACAGUCUGAAAUAGCACUGCAAACUGCAACGGAGGAAGAGAAAGGCAAUUAUAAAUUGUUUGAGCAACGCUUUACCGUGAUCAAUCAGUUUUUGGACGAUUUUGAGUAUCAGAUGAAAUGGGCGGAGUGGUUUAAUAGUGUUGUCUACUGUGCGAUCAGUAAGUUAGAGAUUAUGAGUGAAUUAGACUUGGAUACCUUAUUUAGUCGACAUAUUAAGGUAGUUCCUUUAUUACAUGGAUUGACGGAACCUUUGCAAAAUAUGAACUAUGUUGCACAAGUUUCAUCGUCGUAUGCGGAAGAUGAUAUGUUCUAUGUCUUCAUGGACCAUCUGAAUCAAUAUUUUGUGAGCGAUCAACUGUUAAUAGAAGCGAUAGCGUGGAAAGGGAAUGCGAAUGCGAUGCUGAGAAAGAUGAUGAAGAACCCGAAGUUCAAGGAACUUGCGGUGGACGGGAAGAAUAACUUAGUUGAGACGUUCAUCCAAUUUCCGGAGUUGAUGCUGGGUAUGUUGGUACAGGUAGUGUUACAGAUGUACAGCAUGACACCGGAUAUGAAGAGAACAUGGGCGAUGGAAAAGGUCCGGAUUAAUGCGGAGGAUUUACGACCGGAAAACGCCAAUUUUGUGCAACGCAUCCGAGCCGUGAAAGAGCUUCAGGAACUUGAGAUGCGAAUUACUGGGUUCAUGCAAUGUCAAAGCGACAUUGAAAAGUUUGUGGAGAAGGGAAGACAUGUUGUGCAGAGAUACCCGAUCAGUAUGGUAGUUGGGAAGAAGUACAAACGAAUGAUGUUGUAUAUCUGCAACGAUAUUGCAUUUAUCUGUUCGCAACCGGAGAAGAAAACGGGAUAUAUGAAAUGUGUGUGGGCGUCGAAAUUGGAGAGGUGCACGUUGAUCUUACAAGAACAUCUUGAGGCGAAGAAGGAUAUUGUGAAUCAAGUAGUGAGAGAAUCAGUCCACACAAAAGAGAUGGGAGAACAUCUGAAGACAUUAAAGAACGCAAGAGUACCGAAAGCUGAGAAGAAAUUGGAUUCGUGUUGUGUUGUGGAAUAUAUUAAGGAAAGUCAGGCGACAAAAGAACUGCUCAAGUGGGACGUUGUCUUCUGGUCAGAACCGGAAAGUAAUGUGAAGACAUUGAGAGUGGCAUUGAUCAAUGCGAUUGGGAAUAGAAAGGCGGAGAAAGCUAAGUAA